CCAUUUUUGCAGAGAGAGAGAGAGAGAGAUAAGAGAGAGAUAAGAGAGAGAGAGUAUAGAGAGAGAAUUGAACACCCGCCAUGGCUAAAAAAGGAGUUGGUGGUGGAGGAGGAAAAGAGGAAGAUGAGGAGAGCGGGAGCUCAGGUAAGAGAAUAAAAUUGGCCAAGGAAGAAGAACAGGAAGACACAAUUGAUUUUGGAGAAGACGAUGAUGAAGAAGAAGAAGAAGAGUUCCACAGCGAGCUUCCAUUAAAAGCAGGGAUCUUGUUCUACCCAUUGACGACGCCCACGUCGUUCGUCGUCUCCGAUGCUCUCGAGCCCGAUUUCCCCAUUAUUUACGUCAAUAAGGUCUUCGAGAUCUUCACCGGUUACCGCGCCGACGAGGUCCUCGGUCGAAACUGUCGGUUCUUACAAUAUAGAGACCCUCGUGCUCAAAGGCGGCACCCUCUGGUUGAUCCUGUUGUUGUUUCUGAGAUUAGAAGAUGUCUUGAGGAAGGAGUUGAAUUUCAGGGUGAGCUCCUUAAUUUCAGGAAGGAUGGCACACCUCUGGUUAAUAGGCUAAGACUUGCACCUAUACAUGAUGAAGAUGGAAUCGUGACACAUGUGAUAGGUAUUCAAGUUUUUGCAGAAGCGAAAAUAGAUCUGAACCGCCUAUCAUAUCCUGUUUUCAAAGAGACUUGUGGUCAGCAGUUUGAUCAGUCAGGGAAGUAUCCUUGUAUUACUGGAGAAUCUCUAAUCAACCAGGAGCAACAAAUCUGUGGAAUUCUUCAGCUUUCAGAUGAAGUCUUGGCUCACAACAUCUUGUCUCGUUUGACACCAAGGGAUGUUGCAUCCAUUGGUUCUGUCUGCAGAAGGAUUCGUCAGCUCACGAAAAAUGAGCAUGUGAGGAAGAUGGUAUGUCAAAAUGCAUGGGGAAGAGAGGUCACUGGUACAUUGGAACUGAUGACUAAGAAAUUAGGAUGGGGGCGCCUAGCUAGGGAAUUGACAACUCUUGAGGCUGUAUGUUGGAGAAAAUUUACAGUUGGAGGUGCAGUGGAGCCGUCACGAUGUAAUUUCAGUGCUUGUGCUGCUGGCAACCGGCUUGUUUUGUUUGGAGGUGAAGGAGUUAAUAUGCAGCCAAUGGAUGACACGUUCGUUCUCAAUCUUGAUGCUGCAAAUCCAGAAUGGCGUCGAGUGAGUGUUGGAUCAUCCCCACCAGGACGCUGGGGUCACACUCUCUCAUGUUUGAAUGGUUCUUGGUUGGUAGUCUUUGGAGGAUGUGGGCGUCAAGGAUUGCUCAAUGAUGUCUUUGUUCUGGACUUGGAUGCCAAACAGCCAACAUGGACAGAAGUUUUCGGAGGAACUCCCCCUCUUCCUAGAUCCUGGCAUAGUUCUUGCACGAUUGAAGGCUCAAAAUUGGUUGUUUCAGGUGGAUGCACAGAUGCUGGAGUACUUCUUAGUGAUACGUACUUGCUGGAUCUCACCAUGGACAAGCCUACUUGGACAGAAAUUCCAACUUCAUGGGCACCUCCCUCUAGGUUGGGGCACUCACUUUCUGUUUAUGGACGAACAAAGAUUCUUAUGUUUGGUGGGCUUGCCAAGAGUGGGAACCUGAGAUUGCGAUCAGGAGAGGCGUACACCAUUGAUUUAGAAGAUGAUGAACCCCAAUGGAGAUUACUGGAGUGUAGUGCAUUUACCGGUGUUGGCAGCCAGAGUGCCGUGGUUCCUCCUCCUAGACUUGAUCAUGUUGCUGUGAGCAUGCCUUGUGGAAGGAUCAUCAUCUUUGGUGGAUCCAUUGCUGGGCUUCACUCUCCUUCACAGCUCUUCCUUUUGGAUCCUUCUGAGGAAAAACCAUCAUGGAGGAUUCUUAAUGUUCCGGGGCAACAACCGCCUAAAUUUGCUUGGGGUCACAGCACUUGUGUGGUUGGGGGGACAAGGGUCCUAGUGUUGGGCGGGCACACGGGUGAGGAAUGGAUACUUAAUGAAUUGCAUGAGCUGUGCUUAGCAAGCCGGCAGGACUAAGACCUAUGAAAUAAUACUGAGAUGACCAAUCUGCAUAAUCACACGAUAUCCCACAUCAACACCACUCUGGGACAAUAAAAUUUUGUUUCAUGGCUCAUGCCAUCUCCGGUUGUUCCAUAGUUCCAAUACUGCAUUUUGUAGCAUUUGUAAUUUGCUUAGAUCAAAUUCUGGCGAGGUUUUUCUGAUGUGUUGUGGUCUUGUAUCAUAUAUGUAAAGAUCUUUGUGCCUAUUUGACCUUUUUGUACAUUUUGAGCGUAGGAUAAAUUUAUUUGGUAUGUUAAUGACUCUCUGCCCUUUGGCAUGUUUUAGCUCU